GGGGCAUACCGGUAUACUAAAAUAUUUAGUUUUAAAUAAUAUUUGAUAAGUAAUCUGUGUUCGGUACUUUAAAGGUGAAUUUUUUGUUGACAAAAUAAAUGAUUCUAUUUGUGUAUUAAUUAAUAUAUAUAAAUAUCAUAUAUUAAUAACAGACUUAAAAAAUGAGCAAUGAAGCUCAUUUAUUAACUAGAUUAGUCCUAAUAUUUACGGUUCGAUCGAAUCCUUAUCAUCAUCAGUUUAUAUUGUUUAACAAUAAAAGCUAGUUUUGUGUCUGGUCUCAGCCGGUUUUUUUUACAAUCAGUUUUAAUAAUAAUAUCGACGUAAUAAGUUUAUAGUUAAUUUAGCGCACCUUCUGAUUUGUUUCCUUACCAAGUCGAAAAUGUCUGAUCCUACAAUACAGACUUUUUGCUGCCAUCAUAAUGAUAAUCAAGGAGGAGUAGUAACCAUUCAAAUAAUGGAUGAGUUUAAUACUGAAUCUUACAAUACAGUUUGUUUGGUAUCAUCCACUAUUGGAAUUCUUGGUGCUAUGUAUCAGAUAUUCCUAAAUGGUGUACGGAGAAUACAAAGUCCAAGCAGGGGAAGAAAGAUCAUAAUGUGGUUGGCAGUUGCAGAUCUCUUAGCCUCUCUCGGUGUGCUGGUACGAUCAUCUUUCUGGUUGAAGUACAAAAAUAUCUUACCACUUCCAGAUGAUAAUAUUAGUGUUCUAUUUUGUAGCAUUACUUCGGCAUGGACGCAAUAUUUUUACACAGCCACGUGGUUUUGGACAUUAUUCUAUGCGGUAGACAUAUGGCAGUCAAUACAGGGUAAAGACACACGACCUCUACUUUACCACUCCUUGGCUUGGGGAAUACCUGCAGCGACGACCAGUAUAGGUCUGUCCAUACUAUACAUACCUAAUGCUACGUGCCAUAAUUUAACAUCAUUAUCGAAUGUGCUGUUAAGGAUUCUACCAAACUAUUGUGCAACUUAUGUGCCCAUAGCUUUAGUGAUGGUCAUAAAUCCCAUUAUAUACAUUUUGGCGGGAAAGAAACUUGAAGUUACAGUAGCUCUGCCAUUAGCACAGUUUACAAGCAAAGAAAGAAAAGUUGUGGAUGCUUUACGACUGAAAUUCUUUUUGAUAAACGUCGUAUUUUACGUGUGCUGGUUGCCGAAUCUUAUAAAUGGAAUUUUAAUAUGGACAAUGUGGUCUACAAUGCCCGUCAAAGCGAUUAUUUCGAUUUGGUAUAUAAUGGCAUUGAUGAAUCCAAUGCAAGCCCUUCUCAAUGCGUUAGUCUAUAGAAAGUGGAAUGUCACAGACAGAUAUCAGCCAAUGUUCCACAAUGAUCAUAAGGAGCUCAAUUUCAGUGACGAGCAAUCGCCACUUUUAGGGUCGGAACCAUCUCGAUUACUUUUAGCUCCGAUCCCUUCCCCUAUUAAUAACUAUGCUACAUUAUAAACGCAAGUGUUGCCAUUAUUGUUUUUUUAUUGUUGCCAUCUCUAUUAGUAGAAAGUGUGAACAAAAUUUUAAGUUUUGUUUGAAUAGUGAUAUACUAUAAAUUCUGUCUGCAUUUGAUUUUAAAAUUUAUACAUAGAAGUUUUCGGUUUUAAAAUAGCUAGUCGCAGUACAAAUUUAUGAAACUAUACUUAAGUGACAAUUGUAGGGUAACCCUACAAUGCAGUAGUCAAUAACAAAUCAAAUGACAUUUAUCGUCCCAAUGUAGAUAGAAAAUGUGCAAUGUGUUAGAUAUAUAUAUAGCUUAAUUACUUGCCUUAAGUAUAAUUAUGGUAGUAAAACCAUGGCAAACAAACUUCUUUAUAUUAUUUUAAAGUUGAAUGCAUAUCACAUGAUUUGUGAGCCCAAAAAGAAGAAUGGUUACUUCUGUGCAAAUAGAUGCACGGGAUAUUUGUAUGUCACAACUAUAACUAUUGUAGGCUCCAAAAAAUUUUGUACUUUUGUAAGUUUUAUAUAUUCAUACCUGAAAGCAACAUUAAAUAAAAUCUAUAAUAUAAUACCAAUUUAUGUGCCUUGUUAAUUUGAUGUCAUGUUGAAGUAAUUAUUAUCAUCAUAACAUGACCAUUAUGUUACUAAUUUUGUAAUUAUUUAUAUUAUACUCAUGGUUGUAGGGAGACCUACUAGUAGUAGUAAUGUGAGAUUUUUGUAUUUCUAUUAUUCCCCAGUGUGUUUAUUUCACUUAUACAAGUUUUUGUAAUUAAUUAAUUGGUGCUAAACUGUUCAAUUGCAUUAUGAUUAUAAAGUAUGUUACCCACAUUUCUAGUGUUGUUUUAGCAUUUAUGCACUUUUUUGUUUUUGCAUGUGUGUAUUGUUUUGUUGUGAUUAUAUAUUGUUUGUUUCAUGUUUUAAUAUUUUAGGCACGCACAUAUUGAUAAGCAUUGAAAUUUAACAAAGGCUGACUUAUAAUUCUGACUAGUUAUAAAUUGAACAUUAGGAAAAUCAAUUUUACUUAACAUUCAAGAGUAAAUUCUAGGAACAAAUAUACACACUUUACUAAGAUAAUUUAGUCAACAAUUAUAUGAUUUACUAUUGAUAUUUUAAAAUAUUAUGAAAACAACAUUAACUUCCAGUUUACAUAUGUUGUGUAUGGUAAUAAAAUCUGAUUGUGAUUUGAUUGGUAAAUAGGUUAAGGGUGAAUUGUAUAUUGAUAAAAGAUUUUGUAAUCCACGCAAAAAUAUAUUGUUAGUUCUGUA